GAUAUGGACGAUGAAAAUGCUUCAAAUAUCAAUCAUAAAAGAGUUUUGGUCUGCACAAUGUUCUACAAGUUAGCAAGCCCCAAAAAGGUACAUAAUUGCAUCGACUGGAGCUUGUCAUUAGCUUUGCUUACUCAUUCUGCUGAACAUUCUCAGUCUUAUAUCUACGUCCAAAUCCAAAUCGACCUUGUUGUGUCAACCUGUGUGAAGAAAAGAUUCGAACACUUUCACGUCUUUUUGUGGAGAGCAACGUCAGCAACAGCUGUGCAGCUGUACCAGCAAGUUCCAAUGGAAAAAGAUGUAAAAGCUGAGACACAGAAGAUGAGAGAGAUCAUUAGCAUUCAUAUUGGACAAGCUGGAAUUCAGGUAGGGAAUUCAUGUUGGGAGCUGUAUUGCCUUGAGCAUGGAAUUAACCCUGACGGCACGAUGCCUAGUGAUACUUCAGUUGGCGUUGCACAUGAUGCUUUCAACACCUUCUUCAGCGAGACUGGAUCCGGCAAGCAUGUGCCAAGGGCUUUAUUUGUUGAUCUUGAGCCUAGUGUUAUUGAUGAAGUAAGAAGUGGUAGUUACAGACAACUCUUUCACCCUGAGCAAUUAAUCUCAGGCAAGGAAGAUGCUGCUAAUAACUUUGCAAGAGGACACUACACUGUUGGAAGAGAAAUUGUUGAACUAUGCCUUGAUCGUAUCAGAAAGUUAGCAGACAAUUGCACUGGCUUGCAAGGAUUCUUGGUUUUUAAUGCUGUUGGUGGUGGUACUGGUUCUGGUUUGGGAUCAUUACUGUUGGAACGUUUGUCUGUGGAUUAUGGGAAGAAAUCUAAACUUGGCUUUACCAUCUAUCCUUCUCCUCAGGUAUCUACUGCAGUUGUUGAACCUUACAACAGUGUCCUUUCCACUCAUUCUCUUCUUGAGCACACUGAUGUGGUUGUGCUUCUGGACAAUGAAGCAAUAUAUGAUAUCUGCAGAAAAUCGUUAGAUAUAGAAAGGCCAACUUACACUAACUUGAACCGUCUGAUAUCUCAAAUUAUCUCUUCCUUGACCACUUCCUUGAGAUUUGAUGGUGCAAUUAAUGUGGACAUUACAGAGUUUCAGACUAAUCUUGUGCCAUAUCCCCGGAUACAUUUCAUGCUUUCAUCUUAUGCCCCUGUAAUAUCAGCCGCAAAGGCCUACCACGAGCAGCUAUCAGUUCCUGAGAUCACUAGUGCUGUUUUUGAGCCAUCAAGUAUGAUGGCUAAGUGUGAUCCAAGACAUGGCAAGUACAUGGCAUGCUGCCUGAUGUAUCGCGGAGACGUUGUUCCCAAAGAUGUAAAUGCAUCUGUUUCAAAUAUCAAGGCAAAGAGAACAGUUCAGUUUGUUGACUGGGUGAUUUUGGUGGCAAAUUUUAGGUGCCCUACUGGUUUCAAGUGUGGUAUCAACUACCAGCCUCCAACAGUGGUACCAGGAGGUGAUCUUGCCAAGGUGCAGCGAGCGGUUUGUAUGAUAAGCAACAACACAGCUGUUGCUGAGGUUUUCUCGCGCAUUGAUUACAAAUUUGACCUCAUGUAUGCUAAGAGGGCAUUUGUCCACUGGUAUGUGGGUGAAGGAAUGGAAGAAGGUGAAUUCUCUGAAGCCCGGGAAGAUCUUGCUGCUCUUGAGAAGGAUUAUGAAGAGGUUGGAGCAGAAGGUGAAGAAGAAGAAGCUGAGGAUG